GAAGCCUGUCAAUACCAUCUCUCACUACUUCAACCUGCGAACGCCUCGUACCAAGGCAGAGAGCGAGAUCGUAGAUAAGAGAGAUAUCCCCGAGGCGGCUCCGGUGAACGGCACCCACAAACGCAAAGACGCAGAUUCCAGCGCACCAUUGAAGUCGACGAUAGCUUACUGCUCGCUGUUUCCGAAGAAGGUCGUCAAGAAGAAGGUGGCUGAAGAGGAAUGCGUCGUCUGUUUGGUCGAAGCGCGUUUAUCAGGUGGCGGCAGCCAGUGGCUGAUAGAGCAGAGGCCAGCAACUGGUAAGUUAUUGAUUAGCGGCGCCUCGUCUACUCCCGUAAUCUACAAGGUCUUGGGAUAGAUAUUCCCAUUCGGUGGCUAGUCAGAGCAUUUGCAUUCGAUCUGGCGGCAUCGUCUAGUACUUGCACAAGUAACAUGUGCUUGGUUAGACUGACAGGUGUUUCAGGGCUACUUGCUUCGUUGUGGCAGUUUCCGCAACGAACCCUAUCGACAUCUGAUAACACAACAUCUGGUAGAAAGGCGUCGGCUGUUGACUAUGUCUCGACGCUCGAGGUUGGCAAUCUCGAUGAACACGCAGACAGUAUCCAGCACGUCGGCGAAAUCGGUUCGAUUGUUCAUGUCUUUAGUCACCUGAAGUUGACGAUGCAUGUACAGCACUUUCAGAUCCGCAUAGCCGUUUCCGAGAGCCUGGCCGAUAGCGAGAAGGGCACCCCGAAGCGUGCCAAAUGGGUCGCUACCGAGGCAAUGGACGAGGAGACCCUAUCGACGGGUAUGCGAAGAUGCUGGGAUCUGGUUACAGGAUGACGAAUUCUUAGUCUUGGGAUUGGAAGAGAGUAUAUGCUAAUGAAAGUCAAUGGCAGCAGAUAGGGACGGGAGCAGUAUAAACAAGCGCCUGCCAAUAGGAAAAGGGGAUGUCAGAUGGCGGGAGCGAGCCAUGUGUGUCCUUGGUCAGACUUUCACUAAUUGCUGGAUGGGAUUGGCCUAGAAGGGGAGAUCAUUCUGGACUGAUUGCUAUCUGGACCAAUGAUUCGUAACCCUGUCGCGGAUGGCGUUGAUAAACUCGACACAGGAGGAGGUGCUAUCGAAGAGUUAAUAUCGAAUUGACGAAUACCUACCUGACGGCGGAAAGUCGAAGACAUAAGUACAGGUCGAUAUGUUAUAAGUUGGUUGAUGGCCCAACUUGUUCACCACCAUCGUCAUCGAGUUCAUGUUAUGUUCAUAUUCACAUUCAUG